AAAGGCCAGACCAGUUAAAAAUACCGGAUGGUCCCCUUUGUCUUCCCCGCCUCCGGACACUCCCGCGCUGUCAGUCUGUCUUCAUCUGCCUUUCGUGUCUUUCCCCCUUUCUGUUCUGUGCUCCUGGCUCUUCACUGUCCCUGUCUCUCCCUGCCCGUUUGUGCCUUCGUGUCCCCGCCUCACACCUGCCCUUUGCCUCUCACCCAGCUCCUCCUCUCUCUGCUCCUCCGUCUCCUCAAGUUUUCUAGCUGUCUGUCUCUCUCCCUUUAAGGCCCUUGGUGCCUCCAGCGAGUGAGGAAGCAAGGCGGAUAUUGUCAGACUCUUCUAGGUGGGAGCCCCUCUUCACAGAGGGAAGCUAUGACAUCUUUGUCCCAUCCGGGCCAUCAUUGGACAGGAUGAGGAGGCCUUGAUCCCUGGGCACCACUCUCCCCGGCCUCUCCCUGGCCAGGUGGUGGAGAAGACAAAUCUGACCUUGAAAACAGUGUGAUGCAGAAGAAAAUAAAAAUCCCCAGACUUUCUCUCAGUCACGUAGAAGAAGAUGGGGAGGUUCAAGAUUACGGGGGCGAAGAUUUACAGCUUAGACACAUCAAGAGACCCGAGGGGCGGAAGCCGAGCGACGUGGCGCACAAGAGCAUUGAGGCCGUGGUGGCCCGGCUGGAGAAGCAGAACGGCCUGAGCCUGGGCCACGGCACGUGCUCGGAGGAGGUCUUCGUGGAGGCCUCGCCGGGCACUGAGGACAUGGACAGUCUGGAGGAUGCCGUCGUGCCCCGGGCUCUGUACGAGGAGCUGUUGCGCAACUACCAGCAGCAGCAGGAGGAGAUGCGCCACCUCCAGCAGGAGCUGGAGCGGACUCGGAGGCAGCUGGUGCAGCAGGCCAAGAAGCUCAAGGAGUACGGGGCACUCGUGUCCGAAAUGAAGGAGCUCCGAGACCUCAACCGGAGGCUCCAGGACGUGCUGCUCCUGAGGCUCGGCAGUGGUCCCGCCAUUGACUUGGAAAAAGUAAAGUCAGAAUGUCUCGAGCCCGAGCCGGAGUUACGGAGCACUUUCAGUGAGGAAGCAAAUACGUCGUCCUAUUUCCCCGCUCCUGCACCGGUCAUGGACAAGUAUAUCCUAGACAAUGGCAAGGUCCAUCUGGGAAGCGGGAUCUGGGUUGAUGAAGAGAAAUGGCACCAGCUACAAGUAACCCAAGGAGAUUCCAAGUACACAAAGAACUUGGCAGUUAUGAUUUGGGGAACAGAUGUUCUGAAGAACAGAAGCGUCACAGGAGUUGCCACAAAAAAAAAGAAAGAUGCUGUCCCCAAGCCGCCCCUCUCUCCUCACAAACUAAGCAUCGUCCGAGAGUGUUUAUAUGACAGAAUAGCACAAGAAACUGUGGACGAAACUGAAAUUGCACAGAGACUCUCCAAAGUCAACAAGUACAUCUGUGAAAAAAUCAUGGAUAUCAAUAAAUCCUGUAAAAAUGAAGAACGAAGGGAAGCAAAAUACAAUUUGCAAUAAACUUUGGAUUUUUCAUAAAGCCUUCGCGUUUUCCUUGAGCGGCGUGUGAUUUGUGGGCGCCGGCGCCGGCCGGAUCAGAGCCCUCGCGCGUGGUGUGUGGGGCAGGAGCCAGUGGGGGUUGGGGUCAGCGGCUUGUUCUGAACUUGGACUUCCCACUUCAAAGAAGGCAGAUGGACGUGCUGAGACUCAGGCAGCAACCCAGCACCGGUGUAGUUCUGGGGACUGGGAACCGUCUUUUCAGCAGGGGAUCGAGUGUCUCCACCUUGCCUGUCACUUGGCCCAGAAUUGGAACUGAUAUUUUUACCAUUCAAGGACUUUUAUCUCUGUUUCUCUAUUUUGUUCUAUAAUAAAGCUCAUUAAUUCUUUGAUGUA